AUGAGCCCAAGCUCUGCUGACUCUGCCCCCGACGCCGACUUUGCCUUCAACAUGGACGCUGCCACCGCCACCAACGCUCGCAUCAACAAGUUUGAUGGUACGAACUUCCACACUUGGAAGUUCAAAAUGCAGAUGGUGCUGGAGGAGCGGGACCUUUGGGAAGUGACAAGCGGGGAGAUCAAGCUGGAACACCUUGCCACUACGCUGGAUCAGUCAACGUUCAAGCGCAAGUCACGGAAGGCGCUCGCGAUAAUCUGUCUUGCGAUGGAGGACUCGCAGCUGCCCCUGGUUCGGUCGGCAAGUGGAGCGUACGAUGCAUGGUCGCGGCUGGAAGGCCACUUUGAGAAGAAGAGCUUAGCCAACAAGCUCUUUCUUCGUCGCCGUUUCUUCACGGCCAAGAUGGAGGAAGGCGAUGAUGUGCUUUCGCACAUUAACAAGAUAAAGACACUGGCGGAACAACUCGACGCGGUGGGUGCUCCGGUCAGCGAAGACGACCUGGUGAUCACGCUUCUUGGAAGCUUAAGUGAGUCGUUUGCAUUUCUCAUUACUGCUUUGGAGUCAAGGGCCGACUCGCUGUCGUGGGAACUGGUGACAUCCAGGCUGCUACAUGAAGACAUGAAGCGCAAGGAGCAAGGCAGUGACGGGGUCGCUGCAGGUCAAGCGUUCAUGACAGGUGAGAAGAAGCGUAGUGGACGGCCAUUCAAGAAGACUGGCGCGUGCAACUACUGCGGUAAGAUGGGUCAUUGGAUCGCGGAAUGUACCUCGCGGAUCCAUGACAACGCGGACCGGCAGCGUCCGCAGCGUGCGAAUGUGGCGCACAACCAAGAUAAAAACUUGAACGAUUUCCUGUUUGCAGCUGGAUUGGAGAGCAACGACGACGACAGCGUCAAGAAUCCAGCAUGGCUCAUAGACUCUGGUGCGACGCAGCACAUGUCAUUCUCAAAGCGGUUUAUGACAAACUACAAGACCAUCGAUCCAGUUAACGUUCAUCUCGCAGACGACGGGGUCGUGCAGGCGAUUGGGACCGGCAACGUAGUGAUGAUGAUGAAGACACCAAGUGGUGCCAAGAAGGGUGUGCUUACGAAUGUGUGGCACAUUCCAAAGCUACCACGCAAUCUGUUCUCAGUUGGCCGAUUCACCAAGGAUGUCGCGACAGUGACGUUUGAUACGAGCACCUGUUAUGCAAAUUUCAAGAACCAGAAGUGGAAGAUCGGCGAGCGUGCCGGCAAAGGUCUCUAUAAACUAUGCAUGACACCUGUGCAAGUCGAGAGCGCGAGCAUCGCAAGUGAAUCCAACAAGCCUCAGAUGAGCAAGUCAUACUUGUGGCAUCUGCGUCUUGGUCACAUUGGCCAUCGUGGACUCGACGCGAUCGUGAAGCAGAAUCUCGGUGUCGGCAUCGACAUUACAUCUGUGGGCAAGUGGGAGCUUUGCAACGGAUGCGCGCUCGGAAAUCAGACGCGAGUGAGUUUUCAGUCAACUACACGUAAACCAGCCAAGGACCUGCUUGACGUCGUGCAUUCCGAUGUAUGUGGACCAAUGCAGACUUCGACAUUUUCCAACAAGCGCUAUUUUGUGACGUUCAUCGACGACAAGUCGCGGUUUUGUACUGUGUACCUAAUUCACAGCAAGUCUGAAGUGUUAGACAAAUUCAUGCAGUUCACCAAGUUUGCCGAGACUCAGACCGGUCGUCGCAUCAAGAUGCUCCGCAGCGAUAACGGUGGAGAAUAUGUGUCCAACAAGUUCGCCGCGUUCUGUCGCAACAAAGGCAUCAUACAGCAAUUUACGCCGCCGUACACCCCACAACUUAACGGAGUGGCGGAGCGAAUGAACAGGACUCUAGUCGAGAGUGCUAGAUGCAUGAUUGAGCAUGCGGGACUAAGCAAGCGCUACUGGGGCGAAGCAGUGUCAACGGCAGCGUUCCUACGCAAUCGAUGUCCAACGCAAGCAAUUGGCCAUGAAAAGUCCCCGCACGAGGUAUGGACGAAGACGAAGCCGUUGUUGAAAAACCUGAAAGUCUUUGGAUGUCACGCAUAUGUGCAUGUGCCGAAAGAGAAGAGGUCGAAGCUUGAUGCGCGAUCGACGUUGUGUCGCUUCUUGGGCUACUCAGACCACGAAAAGGCGUACCGGUUUGAAGAGAUAUCAAGCAGUCGCAUUCUAGUGAGUCGCGACGCCCAAUUCAUGGAAGACAUGUUCGACAGCAUGAAGUACAUGCAACAAAUUGGCAUCGACCCUAUCGAGUAUCAUAACACUGAUGAAGGCUUCAACGACCGUGACAACGGGGUUGCCAAUGAAGACAUGGAUGCGCAUAUGCCCGAAUCAGCAUCGAUCCAUGAGCGGCCACAAUGGCAACAAAUGCGGCGUUCAAGUCAUCAACCGCAGUAUAUGCAGCCGCAGACAGACGAGUUUCUACCGGGGUCGAAAAGACAUGUACGCACACAGUCACUAGAAGCUUUGUCAGAGCCACCAGUGGAAAAACGCUAUGGACGCGGGACUAGUACAAGUGGUGUGCACACAUCGUCAGUGCAAGGAACUGCGUCACCACUCGAAGCCAUGUCGGCGCUUCUCGCAUCUAUUGAUGAAGAAAAAGAAGAAGAACAUGAAGAAGACUGUGCUAACGUCGUGGAUUCAGUGGGAGAAGUGCCGAUGACAUUCUCAUCGGCUAUGGAAUCCGAUGAUGCAAGAAAGUGGCGAGAAGCGUGCGAAUCAGAGUUUCAGUCAUUGUGCAAGAACAACACGUGGGAACUCGUGCCGUUACCAAGUGAUCGCAAGGCGAUCAGCAGCAAGUGGGUGUUCAAGGUGAAGGAGACUGUUGAUGGACUCAUCGAGCGAUACAAAGCGCGCCUCGUGGCAAAAGGAUUUUUGCAAAAGUACGGUGUGGACUUCGAGGAGACGUUCGCACCAGUGGCCAAGUUCGCGUCGAUCCGGAUCAUUGUGAGCCUCGCCGCGCAGCACAACCUCGUACUUCACCAGAUGGACGUCAAAACGGCGUUUCUUAACGGUAUGCUUAAAGAAGAGAUCUACAUGAAGCAGCCUGACGGAUUCGUUGAUGCCAAUCAUUCUCACCAUGUGUGCAAGCUCAAGCGUGCGUUGUACGGACUCAAGCAAUCCCCUCGUAUGUGGAACCAGACUAUUGAUGAGUUCAUGCGCAAUAUUGGCUUCACCAAGUGCGAGAUGGAUCACUGUGUCUACUCCAAGCGUGACGACAAGAUCAUGAUGUUUGUUGUCAUAUACGUCGACGACCUCAUCCUUGUGUGCAACAACAUGGACAUCCUCGCAGCCACCAAACGUGCAUUGAGCGAGCGAUUCGAGAUGUCCGAUCUCGGUGAGCUUAAGUACUGCCUCGGAAUAGAAGUCGAGCGCGAUGACAAGUCAGGCUAUGUAUCGAUGAAACAGACUAAGUUCUUGCGAUCGAUUCUGACCAAGUUCGGUAUGCAAGACUCUAAGCCUGUUAAGACACCGCAAGAUCCCGGACUGAAGUUGACUAAGCGCAUGUGCAAAGAUGGAUGCAAGCACAACUACACCAUGCAAGGAGUGCCAUACCGAAGUGCCGUCGGAGCCUUGAUGUACCUCAUGGUAGGCACGCGUCCAGACCUCGCAGCUUCAGUGGGAGUGCUCAGCCAGUUUGCUGCUGACCCGUGUCCGACACACUGGCAAGCACUCAAGCGCGUGCUACGGUACCUGCAAGCGACUCCUACACUUGGUAUUCGUUUUAUUGGCGCUGGCAAUGGCAAAUUGCUUGGCUAUUCCGAUGCCGACUGGGCUGGAGAUAUUGAUACUAGACGAAGUACCAGCGGCUACGUAUUUGUGCUAAACAACGGCUGCAUCAGCUGGCGUAGCAAGAAACAGCGCAGCGUGGCACUCUCGUCUACCGAAGCAGAGUACAUGGCACUGUCGGAGGCGACCCAAGAAGCGACGUGGCUCAAGACGUUCAUGCGUGAGCUCGGCGAAGAAGCAGGCGAUGACGCUCUAACUAUCUAUGAAGACAAUCAAGGUGCUAUUGCGUUGGCCAAGAACCCCGAGUUCCACAAGCGCACCAAGCACAUCGACAUUCGCUACCACUUCGUGCGUGAGAAGGUCGAAAAGAAUCAAGUCGUGCUACAGUACUGCCCGACACAAGACAUGCUGGCUGACAUCAUGACCAAGGCAAUCGCAGCGCCACAGUUUACCAUCCUCCGUACUAAACUCGGCAUCACUGUCGGUGUCGCUACCGAGUCGAGUGGGAGUGUUGUAAAAGAAGCGACUCGGCAUGCAAACGGCAACCACAAGAAUGUACGUGCAGACAAUUAG